AUCGAAUAUGGCGUCCUCUGCUGUGAAAGAGCUUAGAGCGUGUACCUCUUUAAUAAGACAAUGCUGCUCUAACUGGAAAGUUUUCCCCCAAAGCAACGUCACAAAGAGUGUUGCUGUUGUAUCAGGUGUGAGAUAUUACAGAGGAAGCAACAGAGACAAAAGAAGGCGAGAAAGAAACCUUCAGGAAAGACUUAAAAAACGAGAAGGUGUUCAGCCACUAGUUUUUGACAGAAAAGAAUUUUUCAGACAAAACUAUGACAGUGAGUUGUUUGCAUUCAAGAACAGACUAGGUUUAACUUUUCAAGAUGAAAGCAUUCUACGGACUGCUUUAACCCAUGCAUCCUACAAAGAAGAAAAUACUGUUUAUGAUGGUGAUGCUACCAAUGGUAAAACAUUCAGAAAUAAAGAAACAUCUUUUCACACGAGUGAGGACAAUGGAAAAUUAUCGUUGAUAGGGUUAACAGCUUCAUCACUAUACAUUGUUGAUCAUCUGUGUACCACCUACCCCUCGCUGCCCUGCCUGGGAGUUAGAUGCUUUCAUGAUUUUCUUUUAGGACGGGAUAUCAUUGUAAAAGUAUCAAAACUCAUAUCAUUACCAGACUUGAUCAGAUUGGAGCAUGACCUCGAUGGCCUUUCCAAAGAGAAACAUCUGGACUACAGACAGGAAGAUGUCAUUUGUGACGCAUUCUUUGCAUUUAUUGGAGCAAUCUAUGUAGAUCAGGGACCUGCUGAGGCAAGGAGAUUUGUGGAAGACUUUGUCAUUACUCAGCUUCAAGGAGAGGAACUUCAUAAAAUUCUCUACUUUGAAUAUCCUGGUAAAGUCCUCGAUAAUAUCUUCACUACUCAGGGAAAAGAAAAGCCAGUUGCCAGGUAACUGGAGUCUUACUUUGUAACACUAAGUGAGUGAGUUUUGCUUUACAAAAGCCAAUUUGGCAG